CGGAACUGCUUGAGCGAGACGCCUUGUUUCCACCCGGCGCGCUUGUGAAGGCGGAGCCGACAGGGGCCGGCGAGUGAGUUCCGGGCUGCGCUGCCGGCGGCGGCUGAGCCGCGCAGGUUGUAGUUUGGAGGAUUCCAGCACUGAGAUUUCUGGAGUUUGCUGUGUCUAGCCAUGAGUUCAUCACUGGUCGCUUAUGAUGAUUCAGACUCUGAGGCAGAAACUGAAAAGACUGAAGUCCCCAAUUCUUCCAGCAGACAAUCAAGCCUUCUAAGUUCUUCUGUGGAUCAUGUUCAGUACUUUGCACCUGGUAGUUCGGGUACAAAAUCUACAUAUGAAAUGCAUCCUACUGAGAACACUGGCAGUUCUGGCACAAGCGCUGUUGGUGAAGAUCCACCUGAGCAUUAUGCACAGAAUAAUAACACUGAUUUGACAUCUCCUUAUUGUAGGAGAGCGUACUCUGGCCAUACUGCGUUAUGUGUGUCCUACAAAAACUAUGAACAGACAUCAAGCUUUUCAACAAACUCUGGAAACGCUGUUUCCCAGAAGAGAAUACAUAAAGACAGUACUGGUGCCAUAAAAGGAAUUAGACCAUAUAUCCCUAAAAGGUUGCGUCAAGAAAACUCCAGCAUGCCUGAAAAAAAAGAACCUGAUCAGAGAGAUAGCUCAGACUAUGGUGUUAAUCUAGACGUAUCAGGAGAGCAGACUUCGAGAAAGAUCUCUGAAUUAAUUAAGCCAUAUUUGGGAUCCAAAUAUAAAUUAACUGAAGUUCCCAAAAGCUUAAUAUUUUACAUGCCAAAACACAGCGGCCCUGUUAAUGAAAUCCAGUGGUGUCCUGUGCGAGAACAAAGCCACAUGCUUCUCUCUGCUUCUAUGGAUAAAACAAUCAAGGUAUGGGAUGCUGUAGAUACAGGCUGCUGUUUGAAAACAUACUCCUGUCACUCCGGUGCUGUUCGAGCUGCCCAGUGGUCAUCUUGUGGAAGAAGGAUCCUCAGUGGGGGCUUUGAUUCCAUGUUGCAUUUAACAGAUGUGGAAACAGGAAAGCAGAUAUUUAGCAGCAAAAAUGAAUUUAGGAUCAGUGCACUGAAGUUCCACCCUACAGAGUCAAAUAUUUUCAUUUGUGGAGGCUUCAGCCCAGAAGUUAAAGCUUGGGAUAUAAGGACUUCUAAGGUGUUAAGAGUGUACAAAGCUGCAGUACAACAGACAUUGGAUAUACUCUUUCUCCCUGAAGGAAGAGAAUUUCUUACAAGCACAGAUGCAGUAAGCCGGGACUCAGCUGAUCGUACCGUUAUUGCAUGGGACUUCCAAAGUGCUGCGAAAAUCUCCAAUCAGAUUUUUCACGAGCGUUACACAUGCCCAAGUUUGACUCUGCACCCAAAAGAGUCUGUGUUUGUUGCUCAGACGAAUGGGAACUAUAUGGCUUUGUUUUCUGCCCAACGACCUUACCGAAUCAACAAAAAGAAAAGAUAUGAAGGCCACAAGGUGGAAGGAUUUGCAGUGGGCUGUGAAUUUUCUCCAGAUGGAACACUUUUGGUGACAGGAAGUUCAGAUGGCAAAGUGUUUUUCUACAACUAUCAUACUGCUAGGAUUAUUCGCACUUUGUCUGCACAUAAAGAAGCCUGUGUGAGUGCAAUAUUUCACCCAGUCUUACCAUCUCUCCUUGCAACAUGUAGCUGGGCUGGAGAAAUCAAGAUCUGGCAAUAACAAGCAGGGUUACUUUUCAGGAUGUCUCCUGUUCGUCUGCCAAAGGCAUAGGAAAUAAACCACAGUAUGCAAUGUGAAAUUUGGUUGUGAUGUGUUGUAAGGAGGAGAGACUGUUGUCUUUUCUUCUGUGACCUCAAAGUGUAUGCCUUUGCAAGGCAGUUCAGAUGGUCUUGUGGUUUGCUGAACAAAGAAGUGGUCUUACUGUCUCCAUUGGCCCUAGUGACAUAUUUCUCCCCCUUUAGUGUCAAUCUGUUGGUGCUCAUCUAGCCUCACUCUACUCUGAGUAGCUAAACUGGAAGAAAAUUAGGGGGUUUUAUGUAGCUUUUCAAUGCAGCUUUCUUAAAACAGAUUUUCAGUAGUUUAGCUCCCUGACCUGAUCUCUGAAGGGUUAGACAACCAAUAGUGUAAUUCAAGGCAAAACAGGUUCUAGACACAAAAAGAAGGAAGACCGCUAGGCGGGUGGGACUGAUUCUUCUGGAAAUGGGUCACUGUUGCCAGCUCAGCUUAUUGUAAAAUGCCUUCUGAAAGUUCCAGGGAAAGGUGUGCCGGAUAACUUGAAGGUAAUUUUAAAGUCAAUACAUUUGUGUUCUUGAAAUCCCGGUGUUUAAACUUGAGUUUUAAACUUACAUUUAUGACUGUACAUAAACAAAGCGAAACCAUGUGUAAAUAUUUUUAACGAAAAAAUAAACAUUUUUUUAUACCUGG